AUGAGUUCACACCUCAGGAGCCGUCGACACACCUCAGGAGCCGUCGACACACCUCAGGAGCCGUCGACACACCUCAGGAGCCGUCGACACACCUCAGGAGCCGUCGACACACCUCAGGAGCCGUCGACACACCUCAGGAGCCGUCGACACACCUCAGGAGCCGUCGACACACCUCAGGACACACUCAGGAGCCGGAGCCGUCGACACACCUCAGGAGCCGUCGACACACCUCAGGAGCCGUCGACACACCUCAGGAGCCGUCGACACACCUCAGGAGCCGUCGACACACCUCAGGAGCCGUCGACACACCUCAGGAGCCGUCGACACACCUCGGGAGCCGUCGACACACCUCAGGAGCCGUCGACACACCUCGGGAGCCGUCGACACACCUCAGGAGCCGUCGACACACCUCAGGAGCCGUCGACACACCUCGGGAGCCGUCGACACACCUCGGGAGCCGUCGACACACCUCAGGAGCCGUCGACACACCUCAGGAGCCGUCGACACACCUCAGGAGCCGUCGACACACCUCAGGAGCCGUUGACACACCUCAGGAGCCGUCGACACACCUCAGGAGCCGUCGACACACCUCGGGAGCCGUCGACACACCUCAGGAGCCGUCGACACACCUCAGGAGCCGUCGACACACCUCGGGAGCCGUCGACACACCUCGGGAGCCGUCGACACGCCUCGGGAGCCGUCGACACGCCUCGGGAGCCGUCGACACACCUCGGGAGCCGUCGACACACCUCAGGAGCCGUCGACACACCUCGGAAGCCGUCGACACACCUCGGGAGCCGUCGACACACCUCAGGAGCCGUCGACACACCUCGGGAACCGUCGACACACCUCAGGAGCCGUCGACACACCUCGGGAGCCGUCGACACACCUCGGGAGCCGUCGACACACCUCAGGAGCCGUCGACACACCUCGGAAGCCGUCGACACACCUCGGGAGCCGUCGACACGCCUCGGGAGCCGUCGACACACCUCGGGAGCCGUCGACACACCUCGGGAACCGUCGACACACCUCAGGAGCCGUCGACACACCUCGGAAGCCGUCGACACACCUCAGGAGCCGUCGACACACCUCGGGAGCCGUCGACACACCUCGGGAGCCGUCGACACACCUCGGGAGCCGCCGACACACCUCGGGAGCCGUCGACACACCUCGGGAGCCGUCGACACGCCUCGGGAGCCGUCGACACACCUCGGGAGCCGUCGACACACCUCGGGAACCGUCGACACACCUCAGGAGCCGUCGACACACCUCGAAAGCCGUCGACACACCUCAGGAGCCGUCGACACACCUCGGAAGCCGUCGACACACCUCAGGAGCCGUCGACACACCUCGGGAGCCGUCGACACACCUCGGGAGCCGUCGACACACCUCGGGAGCCGUCGACACACCUCGGGAGCCGUCGACACACCUCAGGAGCCGUCGACACACCUCGGGAGCCGUCGACACACCUCGGGAGCCGUCGACACACCUCGGGAGCCGUCGACACACCUCGGCUCUUGA